GUCCAGUCAGCUUCAAGGAAAGUGAAACUUAGUCCGGAGCUGAAACUGCAGACAGUAACAACAGCAGAGAGAUCUGAGCAGAUAUGGCCUCUGCAAACGCUGAAGACAACUUUUUGUGUUCAAUCUGUUUGGACAUUUUCAACGAGCCUGUCUCGACUCCCUGUGGACACAACUACUGCAAACCCUGCAUCACCGUCUACUGGGCCACCCAGGACUCCAGCCAGUGCCCGCUGUGCAAAGAGGAGUUCCAGACGACCCCUGACCUGCACGUCAACACAGAAUUCAGAGACAUGCUGGAGCUUUUCAAGAAGAGACGAUAUGCAGCUGAUGUGAGAAGUUCCCCUCCCGGGCCUGCGGAUGUGCUGUGCGACCUCUGCCACGUGACGGCCAAGCGUAGCGCCCUGAAGUCCUGCCUGGUUUGUCUGGCCUCGUACUGCAGCGGUCACCUGAAGCCACAUCACUCGGUUCAGGCUCUGAAGUGGCACAAGCUCGUCAACCCUGUGAAGACUUUGGGAGACAGGAUGUGCAAGAAACACAACAAGGUGAUCGAAUUUUUCUGCAAGCAAGACCAGAGCUGUGUGUGCGUCCUGUGCCUGAAGGACCACCACGAGAUGCACGAGGCGGUCUCUCUGGAGGAAGAGUUGAAGGAGAGGAAAACUAAGCUCAAGUCUGCAAAGAGGGAGGUCAACAGCACCCUGGCCGAGAGGGACCACACAAUCCAGGGCAUUCAAAGCUCCAUGAUGCAAAGCCGAGCUGAACUGGAGAGAACAAAAGUGGAAACUGGGAAGGCCUUGGAUGCUCUGGUGGCCUUGAUUGUGUCCAAAAAGAUGAUGCUGAUGGAGCUGCUGGAGGGGAAGCAGAGAGCCGCAGAGCAGCAGGCUGAAACAGUCGUCCGACAACUGCAGCUGGAGAUUGUGGAGAAUAAUCUGAGACUGGCCGAGCUGGAAGAACUUUCAAAGAGUGACGACGACUUCAAACUCCUCAAGGACCUCCCAUCUGUGUCCUCGUCCCCAAACACAAGACAUCCCUUCUCAGUCCGAAGUCUUCUGCAGGUGGAGACGGUGAGGAGUGCGAUGGCCAAAAUGGAGGAGGUGCUAAACGAGCAGAUGGAGAGCAUCACCCGAGAAAUCUACCACGAAGAACAGAGACGGACCGAGAACCCGUUUGAUGAUGAGCUUGGGAUCAUCCAGGUGCAACAUGCAAUAAACCUGACUCUGGAUCCCAACACAGCACACCCCUCCCUCAUCCUCUCAGAGGACGGGACACAAGUGAGGGAUGGAGGCGAACGAAGGAACAUCCCUGACAUCCCCACCCGGUUUGACCCUCUCCAUGUUGUCCUGGGAGAAGAGGGGUUCUCCUCUGGGAAGUUCUACUAUGAAGUUCAGCUUGAAGGGCAAACCACGUGGGAAAUCGGAGUGGUGAGAGAAUCCAUCAACAGGAAAUGCAUCGAUUUACCCCUCACCCCCGAAAACGGAUGCUGGACUCUGGGUUGUUAUUGGGGACGCUGCCAGGCCAACACAAAUCCUCCUGCGGUCCUGACCCCGUCCAAAGUGCCCGAGAGGGUCGGAGUGUUUGUGGAUUACGAAGGAGGUUUGGUCUCUUUUUAUGACGUAGAUGUCAGAGCUCUGAUCUACACCUUUACAGGAUGUGCCUUCACAGCAGGCCGGCCAUUUCUGAGAAGCGUGCUAACGUUCAGGGGUUACGUGGGCACGCCUGCAAAAACCAAGAUCCGGCCUCUGUUCCGACCCAGCGCUGAGCAGGAGAGCGACACAGCUGCUCUGAGGAUCAUCCCGGUCAGGCGCUGAGUUCAGCAUGCACAUGGCUGUGUGGCGGAGUAUUAAGAGUGCACAAUGCUGCUGUCCAUGAUGUCUAUCUUUGCAUUUAUGAAUUCAGGUUGUGUGCACAGCUUCCAUUUAAUCAGGUUUGAAAUUAUAAACAUGCAACUUCAUGUAGACU